AUGGCUCAAGGCGCACAAACCCGUCAAAGAGGCCGCUACUGGCUUCUCACAUGCCCUCGCACUGCCUCCAACCUUCUCGUCAAGAUGCUCAACCUUGAUGAACAAGGCGUUCGUCCUGCCAACCACGGAGGAUACUUCUUCCUGCCCGCCAUCCAAAAGCAUUUCCUUGUCGAGCAAAAGCCUAUGGACACAUGGACCGAAGAGGAGAAGGCACCUAUCGAUGAAAUCAUUCAGCAAUGCUCGCAAGCUUUCCAAGACCACAUCGCUGCUGCUGAGGCAGAAGGUCAAAAACUUUACAUCAAAGAACAUUCUAUCAUGCUGAAUCAUCCUCGUGUCGAGGAUCAUUAUAUCAAUGGUUCCAAGGAGGAGCGUGCUAUUACUGAAGCUACUCCUGUGCCCGUUAAGGGUAUCGUGGAGCCUACACGUUCGAAGAACAACCUUACCCUUUUCCCUGAUGAGUUCCUCAAGACUUGGAACCCGACAUUCCUCAUCCGUCACCCUGCUCUCAUGAUUCCCUCUCUUUAUCGAACAUCUCUUGCCGAGAUUGACUUGAAAGGCAUUAGCCGCCCAAGAAGGGAACCCUGUCGUACAGAAGUCACCAUGCGCUGGCAUCGAUCACUCUACAAUUUUUACGCCGAGUAUUUUGGCAACGACAGCGUCUGGCCCAUCGUCCUCGACGCUGAUGAUAUCAUGACGAAGCCCCAGCUGGUAUCCCAGUACGCAAAGCUGGCAGGUCUUGACGAGAGCAAGGUUCGUCGGUCGUGGGACAAGGCUGGAAACGAAGAGCUGAACAAGCUGAGCACUAUGGAGCAGCGAAUGCUGAGCUCUAUCAACGCUAGCACCGCUAUUGAUAAUAGCAAGGUUGCUGGAAAUAUUGAUAUUGAUCAGGAGGUUGUCAAGUGGACGGAGGAGUUUGGAGAGGGAGAAGCGAAGAAGCUUGAGAAGUGGGUGAGGGAUGUUAUGCCUGACUAUGAGUAUAUGCACUCGAAGAGGAUGCAACUCGAGUAG